GAGAUUGUUAUUUAGGAUUAGCAAAAAUUAGUGCAGCAAUUAAAAAAUUACCAUUACAACAAUAUUCAUCAUUUAAACAAGAUUGCUUUGAUAUUAUUAAUAGUCGAUUAGAAGAGUAUGAUGAUGAUCUUUAUAUAUUAUCAUAUUUUUUAUUACCACAAUUUAGAGGUGCAGGUUUUAAAAAUGGACAAUUUAUCCGCAUUGUAAAGGUUGCAGUAGAAAUUUGGAAACAAAUGGGAAAAUCUUUAUUAUCUGCUAAUAUUCUU